CAUGUAGAAGUACACAGUACAACCGCGUCCAGCGAAUUCUGGCGCGCUUUAUAGCCCCUUUUUUAAUGUCUCUCCACUGUACGGACUUGCAGAUUUCUGAAACCGUAGAGAGGAAGGCAAACCAAACGCAAGAAUAUUCCCUCCAUUUUGGGGCAGCAACAACUCUCCGGACGCAACGCCGUUUCCCCGAUGCAAGAAAGCGACCAUAGCCGCAGACGGCGUCCCCGUCAAUUGCAGCGGUUCGUUCUGCAACCCGGCCAGGUCGCAUACCGAGUCGUCUGUCAUUUUUCCAUCAUCGGUGGCCUAAUCGGCACUUCCGGCUCCGUCAUCUCUCAAAUUCGAAGAGACACUGGGUGCACUAUCCAAUGCGAACCGAAAGUGCAAGGUUCGGACCACCGGAUGAUCCUAGUAGUUGGUCCGGCUUCUCCCGGGAGGAGAAUCGCGUUCAAGUCAACAGAGGAUGAUGAUGAGGAGGAGGAAAAGGAGCUUAUAUCGGUGGCUCAGGACGCGGUCAUUAGGGUUUGUGAGAGGAUGUGGGAAGUUGAGGCACAGAAAGGAGGAGCAGGUGAGAGUGAGAGUGGCGUGCGUGAGGGUUAUUGUGGACUUUUGGCAGAUAGGACACAGAUUGGUGCCGUGAUGGGUAGAGCAGGGAAGAAUGUAGUGAGAAUGAGGAGAGAGAGCGGGGCCCAGAUCAGAAUCCUACCGGCCCCGCACUGCGCUACAAAAGAUGAUGAAUUGAUUCAGAUUACAGGUACCAUUUUGGCUGUAAAGAAAGCUCUGAUUGCAGUAACUGAGUGUCUUCAUGAUUGUCCGCCGUAUGACAGAGGUCCAAUGCUUUUGACCAGAUCUGUUGAGAGAUCUUCCUAUAUGGCCUCUUCUGACCCACAUGCAGAAUUCUUCCCACAUCUUAGUUCGUUGUUGCCACCUUUGACCGAAAAUACUGUAAAUACUCAUUCAUUAUCCUCAGAUGCUGGUGGAAACCCCAACCAGGAUGUGAAGGUUACACAACAAGAAGUUUCAUUCAGGCUGCUUUGCUCCAAUGGUGCAGCUGGGAGCAUAAUUGGAAAGAAAGGGACCAUUGUCAGAACUCUACAGAAUGAAUCGGGUGCUUCUAUUAUGUUUGCUGCUCCAAUCACUAUGUCUGGUGAACGUUUAGUCACCAUUUCUGCCUUGGAGAACCUUGAAUCAUGGUACUCUCCUGCACAAAAUGCCGUUAUUCUUGUCUUUGCUAGAUCUAUUGAGCAUGAAAUUGAAAAGGGGCAUCCAUCAGUCUUGAUUGAGGGUACUUCUGUAACUGCACGGCUACUGGUUGAAUCAGAUGUAGUUUGUUGCUUGAAUGGGAAUGGUGGGGAGAUAGAUUCCAAAUUCACAGAAGGAAGUGGUGCUGAUAUACAGAUAUUAGAAGGGGAACAGAACUCGGAUUGCGCUUCAGAAAAUGAUGUAGUAAUAGAGAUCACAGGCGAGUAUAAAAAUGUACAGAAUGCUCUGUUUCUAGUUACUCGAAAACUGAGGGAUACUCUUGUGCCUAGUGAGUUGCUCGAUGAAGCAAAAUUAAGGAGUCCCAAUGGAAGAGUAGUGGAGGUUGCUUCUCCUAGAUUACAACAACUGGCAGACCUAUCCCUUGAUUCUGAUCGAGAAGCUAGUUUGACUAGUGCAAUGGAUCAGCUUGGAUUCUCCAACAGCUUAUGUAAUGCUUCUUCACUAAGACUGCAGUUAACACAGAAGUUUGGAAAAGGGAGUUCAGCAGCCAUUAAAAAUAAUGAAAACAGCUCAACAGCAUUUGUUGGGGGUUCAGAACUUGAAAGAUCCCUGCACUUUCUUUUGCCCAAGGAGGUGCUUAAUGAGGUAGGUGCAAAGAGUCCUUCUGGAGUUAGGGAGACUGCUUGCCUUGAAUUGGAUUUAUCAAUUGGUCAAGCUUCUGGUCCCAUGAAAGUUGGCGCUACUUCACCUUCAUUGCAUAUGCCACCGACUGUAGAAAGAAGCUCAAAAAUGUUUGGCAGGAGCAUGGAACUUGAGAGUUCAUGCAGCAGAAAAAGAUCUAAUGUGGCAAAUUCAGUUGUGGAGCUUUUAGUUUCUGAAGAUAUCAUUGGUUCUGUUUUUGGCGAAGAUGGCGGCAAUCUGACUCGAUUAAGACAGAUCUCAGGUGCAAAAGUUGAAGUAUGCGACCCUUCUCCUGGUAAAAAUGAUAGGACGGUUGUGAUUUCAGGGACGCCUGAUCAAACCAGGGCAGCACAGAGUUUGUUUCAAGCCUUCAUUUUAGCAUACCAGUAAUUUCCAUAGUACCAGUCUAACCUCUUAUAGUUGCCAGCUGAUCGUUGGAAAUAGAUAUCACACUUUGUGUAUACUUAUAUCUGAUGCAAUAGCGUACUGUAGGUGUGGGAGUUGAAUGUCAAUGUAAUUAUGGGAAUGCUAACGUUCUUCUAGCUUAAGGUGUCACUCAACAAGAUCAAAACCAUAGGUAACGGUGUUGUCUUUCUAACAGGUUCAUCUUGGAUUUGGAAGUUUAGGAUAGUUCAUUGCAACAUUUUUAUAUGGUAUUUUAUGCUUUAAUUUAAAACCUUACCGGAUCAUUUUUUUUAA